AUUGGAUCUUGCUACGACGAGGGUGCUUUGUUUUUAAAGAAAAUGUGGCUGAAACUGUUCUGCCUGCUGCAAUCCAUCCUACUCGCGCUGGGCAUCUCUCGCUACGCCCACCCUGCCGUACUGGAGAACGAUGCCCAGGAAGCCCUGCUGCCGGACUACCUUCGCAACCCUUUCUAUCGGACGCCACGGGUGGCCAAUGCGCUGGCCCGGUUCAGUUGGAUUGGCCCCGGAGAGGAACUGGUUCGGGAACGACAUGCGGAAAAAAUCUCCCGAGCUGACAUCUACAACGUGCUGACCCAUGCCGGAUUUGUUCCACGGAGAUUGCAUGGUUUCAAUCGUUAAACACCGCUCACCGAUCGCAGCAAGCUGAGCAGCAAUCAG